UUCUGGGAAUUAAAUUUAAUAAGAAAAUGGAUAAACAAAUAUCUGAAAAUUUGAAUGAAAAAGUCGAAAAAUUAAAAGAAAAGCUCGUUAACCAGUUUGUAUUGAAAAAUAUUGGGUCAAAAAUAGAGGCAAGUAGCCAAUUAGAGAUUUUUGCGGUUAAAUCAAGCGAAAUUAAGAAAUGGUAUAAUUAA